AUGUAUUUGUCACUAAGUUUGUUUGUGCUGCCAAUACAGGCGCAAGUUUCAGUCCUCCCUUCUACCCCUUCUAUUCCGGCUAUGUCCAGCAUCAAAGCUCGUAAGCGUCAACGCGGGCGCACUCAAAGAUACACCAGCAAUGUCUUUUCCAUGUUUACUGAAGCCCAAAUAAAUGAGUUUAAAGAAGCCUUUUCAAUGAUAGAUGGAAACAAGGAUGGUAUCAUUGAUCAAGGUGAUCUAGAUGAAAUGUUUAGGUCCCUUGGAAAAAGUCCUACAGACGAAUUACUAGAUGGGAUGCUUACCGAAGCACACAAUUCUAUAAACUUCACAAUGUUCCUUACAUUAUUUGGGCAAAAAAUGAUGGGCUGUGAUCCAGAAGAAACUAUUUUAAACGCUUUUGCUUGUUUUGAUCCAGAUGGAACAGGUAAGUAA